GUGUGUACAUACAUGUAUAUACUUAUCGCGGGAGCAUGGUUUUAUUAUGAUUUUUGAGCGCCAGGUGGCCGCGUUUUUGUUGUCGAUUUGCCGUCGGCGGCGCGGCGCGGCGCGACGCGGCUCUCUCAGCGCCAUUACAUCGAUAAAUGUCACCGCGACGGCCGCCAGCGUGAAACGCCGCCGAGAACCAUCCAUCUGGCCCUUACCGCUCGCAUAGAAGACAGGAGGAAGGAGGAUUCGCGCGUGGCGCGCUCGUGUAUCUUCAGACUUUGCCACGCGUCUCUCGAUCGCGCAACUCAGGCGGGCGAUGUCGACCAAGCGGAAAAAUGCGAGCGGCAAGGCAAAGAGCCGCCCCAAGUCGCGCAAGGUGGAAUACGAUGAGGAGGACAUUUCCAGCGAGCACGACUCGGAGGUCGAUGACGCCGAGGCCGGCUCCAACGCCGACGGCGAGGACGCCGCAGCGGAGGACACGCUCGCGGACGUCGCGAACAUGCCUGAGCUGCCGGCCCCGGAGGGUGGCUGGGGCAAGCCUGGAACAUUGCUCAUGUGUGGCCUUACUAAUUGGGAAAUGGCUGGUCGCAAAGCACCGCCUAAGGGGGUAAAAGCAAACGUAGGACGUAGCCUGUGGACGCCACACACCUUUAAAAACUUGAAUAACGCAAGAAUACGGCUAAUCGCGUCUGGUCCUGCUGCAUCUCACAGUAUUGUUGUUACUGAAGAUAAUAGAUGCCUGGCUUUUGGUAGAAAUGAUAAAGGUCAAUUAGGUGUUGGAGAUACAAAGCGUCGCGAUGAGCCUACUGAGGUCGAAGCUUUAAAAGGGCACACGGUUAUAGGGGCAUCAUGUGGACGCAAUCAUACCUUAUUUUUAACAAGUCGUGGUAUAGUUUUCGCUGCUGGCGACAAUAAAUUGGGCCAAUGCGGAGUCGGCAAGAAUGACCCUUGUAUCGUAACCGCAACCAAAGUGAAGUAUUCCGGACCACCGAUAGUAAAAGUAGGAUGUGGUGCCGAAUUUUCGAUGAUCCUCGAUAUCAAGGGCGGUUUGCACUCGUUCGGGUGCCCGGAGUACGGUGCUCUGGGCCACAACACCGAUGGCAAAUAUUUCAUCACGAACACGAAAAUGGCAUUUCAUUAUGAGAAAGUGCCUAAGCGAAUCGUUUUGUAUGUUGAGAGGGGUAAGGAUGGUCACGCGAUGCCGUUGGACCGCGUUGAGAUCACUGACUUCAGCUGUGGUCAUUAUCACACAGUCGCGAUCGACAGUAAGAAUCGAGCGUUCUCUUGGGGAUUCGGUGGGAUUGGUCGUUUAGGCCACAACGAGCAGCGCGAUGAGUUGGUACCACGUCUGAUCAAAUUUUUGGAGCCGCCCAGUCGCGGUGUACGCGCGGUAUAUUGUGGCAGUACAUAUAGCAUCGCGAUCAAUGUACAUGGUUCCGCCUUGAUGUUCGGACAAACCAAGCGCACAGGUGAAGCCAACAUGUAUCCCAAACCCAUUCAGGAUCUAUCCGGUUGGGAGAUUCGAUGUGUCGGUUGUUCGCAAACGAGUGUAGUAGUUGCGGCUGAUGAUUCUGUUAUCGCUUGGGGCGCCAGUCCUACUUUCGGAGAAUUGGGUUUUGGUGAAAUGCGAAAGUCAUCGACAACUCCGAUGGAAGUAAAAGCCUUGGAAGGUUUAUAUAUUACUGCCGUUACAUGUGGUCUGUCUCACACGCUUAUGAUCUGCCGAGAUGAUACCGAGGAGGAAAGGGCCAAGAUUAAUAAGCUCCAGGUGUAUUCUGUUUAAAGUAUGAAAAAUAUAUUCUUCGGUUGUGUAAACGGGUCUCUUCUUGCGUUACUAUGCAGAUGAUCGAAUUGAAAGGAGAACGAGUCGCAGCUACAUUUUGACAAGUUUUAACAAAGUAUCUGAGAACGAUAAUAGUAGAUGAACCAUGAAACGUCCAGAAGAGAUAUAUAGGGAUAGAUAUUACUAUUCUACUUUGUACUUCCGGUUUUUACUUAACGCGCGAAUGAAAGUCGAUCUGUAUAACAUUUGACACCCAUUCUGUUAGCAGCUCAGGAUAUAGACCAAACAAGAUAGAUGCAAAAAUAUAUUUUGAUACGUUGCUAUUUUAUUGAAGUUUGCCGUAAUUUUCAUCGGAAAGGAUAGUUAUUUGUACGGAGAAGCCGAAGAAUUGGAAAGAGAAUGUUGUAAAACUUAGCAGUAACUGCCUUUAUUUUUAUCGCUUUCAUAAUCGAUUUAUCUAUUCAAAUAGUUUAUAUCAUUGAUUCAUCACAGUAGUACCUGAAUCAUUACAUCUGCAGGAAUCGUUUUUUACAAUGCAUAUAUAGGGAUAAUCUCUGAAUAGGAUUAAUACGAAUGAAGCAUCAUUCAAGUAGAAAAUAUUUUAACGAUUAUAUGUGAAUUAAAUUUCAUAUGAUUUAUGAAUUUUAAGUUUUAAGUUUUAUGAAUUUUAAGAGGGCUGAUAUUAGCAUGACAUUAACUAAGUUUCUUUUAUUUAAAAUAUUUUCAUGAAAUUUAUAUUAAAAAA